AUGAGCAAGAUUGGACGUCGGUUGCGGAAAGACAAGCUCGUCAAGCGUGGAUCGAGAGCAGUCACCGACCUUCACAAGCUUGCAAGCAGCAUCAGGGCCGACAAGAAAAAGUUGGACGAGCUCUAUCAGGUCGUUCCCGGUCCUGACCCACAGAUGAAUCACGGCCGGGCUGCAUACUUUAUACCAUCGCUCUACCGGAACUCUUCAAUACCCUGUCCUUGGCUCGACUUGGCCACCAUCAAAGCCCGAUUAGGCAGUCUUUCUGGUACGGCACUCCGAGAUUUCCUCGAAAAUGUUGUGAAGAACUGGGAACAGGGACAGGCUGCAGGGUUGGGAUCGCGAUUGGCCACCACUGUUCAGGAACGUGAUCGAUACAAGGACGAACUCCAUAUACUCCGGAUCAGCAAUCAAUCAUCCGUCUCCGUCACCUAUCAUACGUCGGCUCUCAAAAAGCUUGAGACUCAGCUUGGUCAGGCAGUCCGGUUGCGAGAUGCAGCUGUCGAUCAGCUGGCCAACCUCAAGAUGCGAUACGACCAGGCCACCAACAACCUCAGUAGGGCGGUCUCAGUCGAUCGACCCCAUCCCGCUGCGGUCCCGGUUGACCUCCGUCGAGCUGGUCAAGCUGCGGUCCCGGUUGACCAGUCUUGUCGAGCUGCGGUCCCGGUCGACGUUGCCAAGACCCUCAAAGACCGCGACAACGAGCUGGCCGCAGUCAAGAAACAACUCGAGCAGGCCAAGAGGGAACUGCAGUCCAUCAAAAACGAACUGGCUACCUCGAAACGGAAUCUGCAGGAAGCCUUGCAGGCAAACGCAGCGAUCAACGAGCCUUUCGAGCAGGCCAAGACCAGGGUCUCCGAGUUGGACCUCGAGGUCCAGAUGCUGACCAACGCCCGGGUUCAGCUGGAACAAGAUCUUCAGGCAUCUCAAUCUGAAGUCAACCAGCUCACCCUCAACGUUGAUACACGUCAAAGCGAGCUCGUCCGGUCGGCCGCCAACUAUCACAAGCUCGUUGAACAAUGCGGAACCGUGACUAUAAACCUAGCCGAAUCCGAGCAGGAAUGCACAGACCUGCGAGCAAUCGUUGCCGUCCUGGACGAGGCUGGGGUCACUACAUCUAGCGCAGCGAUGACCAAGCGUGACCUGCAACAUCUCAAGGACACCGAGCACCAGCUUAAAGGUAUCAAUGAUGAGCUCAAGCAUACCAAGGAGGAGCUCAAGGAUACCAAAGAUGAGCUCAAGGCUACCAAGGAUGAGCUCAAUCAACUUCAGGUCGAGCACCAGAAGCUGUCGGAGAAAGAUAACGCCAUGGUUAUCGACGCCCCUCACGCCGAGCCAGAAGCCCCGGUCAUUGAUCUCGCUUCGACCGCUCCCGAGUAUCAGGACGAGCAUCUCACUCCAGACUCGACGUACUACGCCCUUGUUGAGAUUGCCAAGGACAUGGCACAGGGUCCUGGUCAGUUCAAGCGUGGCAUCAAGCGGCUCACAAAGCUGGCAGAUACUGCCCCCGACCUCAUCAUUGAUGCCAAAACGCAAAAGAACAUCGGUUUAGGAGGGAUCGAACAUUACGUUUACGAAACCGCCGCGCACCAUUCGUAUCACAAGGAUGGCGAACUUGGACCGCUGAUCUUCCAAAUGGGGCAUGCCCUGCGAAUCAGAGACCAUCGGCUCCGUCCUGCUGCCAAGUCCAGCGACUCUGACGAAGAUAGCGACGACGAUGAUGACGAAGACGACAGUGACGGGAAUGAGAGCGAGAACGACAAUGAUAACGAUAAUUAG